CGCAGUCUCUCGCGCUUCCGGGGGAGUGCCAAUCAUUCCAAGGCAUCUUUCUCGUCGUUCAGUUCAGGCUAUCAGUCCAGCUAAAGUUUCACAAACAUACCUCGGGAAGAAGUCCGUCGUGAGAAGAACAUUUGGUGGUUUACUUCGCUAUCUUACAGGAUCAAGCAAGGACGAGACAGUGAAUGGAAUAUGGACUGUAUUCCACUUUCUGUUGAUGAUGUGGAUUGUAAAAAGGAGCCACUUCUAGAAGACUCUGAAUAUAAUGUCUACACCCGGUUUAUGAAGUCUCAUCGGUGCUAUGACCUGGUCCCUACCAGCUCCAAGUUGGUGGUGUUCGAUACUUCACUGCAGGUAAAGAAGGCAUUUUUCGCUCUGGUGUCCAAUGGGGUGAGAGCAGCACCACUCUGGGACUGUAAGAAGCAGUGUUUUGUAGGUAUGCUUACCAUCACAGACUUCAUCAACAUCCUCCAUCGCUACUACAAGUCUCCUUUGGUGCAGAUAUAUGAGCUGGAGGAGCACAAGAUAGAGACGUGGAGAGAAGUCUACCUUCAAGACUCCUUCAAGCCCCUAGUCAGCAUAUCCCCGAAUGAAAGUCUGUAUGAUGCAGUGUCGUCUCUGCUGAAGAAUAAGAUCCACAGACUGCCUGUGAUCGACCCUCUGACAGGGAACACUCUCUACAUCCUCACUCACAAGAGGAUCCUCAAGUUCCUCAAGCUCUUUAUAUCGGAGAUGCCGAAACCUGCUUUCUUAGGCCAGACUCUAGAGGAGCUGGGCAUCGGAACAUUCCAUAAGAUUGCAGUGGUGCGUUCUGACACACCUCUUUACACAGCACUUGGCAUCUUUGUGGAGCAGAGAGUGUCUGCCCUGCCUGUCGUCGAUGACAAUGGACGAGUGGUGGACAUUUACUCCAAAUUUGAUGUCAUUAACCUAGCAGCAGAGAAGACGUACAACAACCUGGACGUGACUGUGACCAAAGCCCUGCAGCACCGCUCUCAGUAUUUUGAGGGAGUGCUCACCUGCAGUACACACGAUACGCUGGAGUCCAUCAUCAACAGACUGGUGGAGGCAGAGGUGCACAGGCUGGUGGUGGUUGAUGAGCAGGAGGUGGUGAAGGGGAUCGUCUCUCUCUCCGACAUCCUCCAGGCACUGGUGCUCACUAAUGGAGACGGAGACAAGGGAACUGCUUGAGGGAGUGAUGAAGGGAGACUCCUCCAAAAAGAUGAGGAAGGAUAGAGAGGAGGAGGAUCCUGGAGGAGAGGAAGAAAGAGGAGUGAUGUGGGAGAGGGAAAGAUAGGAAUCUGUCAACAUAUUCCCUCCUGUACAAAUGUACGUCUUGAACACGAGGAUCUCGUUCUCUCUCUGCACAAAAAUGUGAAUUCCAUUGACUUUCUCAAUUCAGAAAUAUAGACACAUACAGUACCAAGCGACACUUUAAACCAAGCCAAAACCCAAGCAACAUAACAUACCCAAACAAGAAGCAGGACCAGGUUUGGCCAAUGGAGUGGAGCUUUAUGUCCAUUGUUCACUCUGGGCGGCCCAACACAACCUAGUCUCUCUCCUCUCGGUGCAGGUGGUGGACCUAUACAGUACAGGAAUGAUGUCUAAUUAUGUGAAGGGGAUCAAUUAUCCACUUCUCAGACAAAUCCAUUCCCUACCCGUUCUCUCACAUUUUGUCUGUAGAGACACUGGAGAGAGGAGUCUGUUACUUUCCACCCUGGCUCUUAACUGAGCAGCAUUCCUUUUCCCAUCAUCCUUAUAGGGCUGGAGUCUAUAAAGCACAACUAGCCAAUCAUGGAUCACAAGGUCAUGUAUGUCACAGAGGAACUAUAUAUAUUAGUACUGGAAGCUACCAUAACAACUCCGCUGUUUUGGUUACAGUAGGUGAAGUCUGGAAUGUCCGAGAUGGAACUGCUGUAGAUGUCAUUAGUUUUAUUUCUUAUAUAUCGAUUCAAAACCACCGACUAUUUAUGUAAUUGCGUGUUGUUUCUGAUUUGGCAUAGCGUACAUUUCAGAAUGUUUUCUUAUUUCCUCUUCAGUUUGUAAAGUGCUCAUGUGAAUUGGAGUGUUUUUAUGGUUGUGUUCAGUGUGUCCUUGUUUGACUUGACACUCACAUUUUCUGACCAGAAGACUGGAGAAAUGGUUGUGGCAGUAACAUGAGUCUGUGUUUUUAGGGUUUGCUUAGCGUUGUUCCUCAAAAUCCUUCUAGAGCUAGAUGAGAUUAUUUUGCCUUUAAGUUUUACUCAUUUCCCAACAAGAUUUCUUUAGAAAGUUUUCAACAACAUGCAGUGUGAGCGUGUGGAUUGAUCAUGAUGGAUUCGGUCACUUUUGCUUGUGAACCAUUGCCUGUCUUAUGAUUGGAUAUUCUGAGUGCUUCUGAGAUAUUCAUCCUGAUUGUGUUGGGGGUAUAUCGUUGAAGCAGUAGACAUUUUGGACAGUCCCUUUUUUGUCAUGACUUUAUUCCAUUAUCACCUUGUUAUAGGAUUCCAUUUUAGCCAUUCAUUACUAAAAGUGAUUUCCUUCUCCUUUUUACAUUCUCAGAGGGCAAACCAUGUAUGAAAGGGACUUUCUUGGGCCAUUGACUCAGUACAUUUUCAUGGUAUGAAUAAGAUGUACAAGUAUGUAAAUGCAGUUUUUUCUACUAAUGUGAAUUGAAAUGGUAAUUUAAUGCAUGAGCAAUAAAUAUUGUUUCUCUUA